AUGCUGCAAGCCCGACAGUCGGUCGCCCGCUCUUCGCUCUUUGCGCGCGCCGCUAGCUCGGUCGCAUUCACGCGCCCGCUGGGCUUUGACGUCGCCAAGGAGCGCACCAAGUACGGCAACAACGACGGCAGCUUUCCGACAUCGGAGCUCACGACGUGGCUGGACCCGGACAACGUCGAGAUGCGCUCGAGCCUGCGCGAGUUCCUCAAGGACCCGAGCUUUCGCCCGCGCUACAACAUUCCGCUCGCCGAAGAGCGCGAGAUUGCGCUGGCGCAGCUCCAGAAGAUUUGCGACGCCAAGUUCUUCUCGGUCAAGGACUUCCACACCAACCCGCACCGCAUCUACGCGGCGCAUGAGAUUGCGGGCUUGACCAACCCGUCGAUGGCGACCAAGAUGACGGUGCAGUUCAACCUCUUUGGUGGCACCGUGCUCAAGCUCGGUACUGAGAAGCACCACGAGAAGCUCCUCGACGGCAUCGACUCGCUCGAUGCGGUCGGCUGCUUUGGCCUCACGGAACUCGGCUACGGCAACAACGCGAUCGAGAUGGAGACGACGGCCGUCUACGACAAGGCGACCGACGAGUUUAUCAUCAACUCGCCCACGAUUCUCUCGCAAAAGUACUGGAUCACCAACUCGGCCGUGCAUGCCAAGUGGGUCGUCGUCUUUGCCCAGCUCGACGUUGCGGGCGAGCACCACGGUAUCCAGGCCUUCCUCGUCCGCAUCCGCAACGAAGACAUGACGAUGGCCGAGAACGUCCGCGUCGAGGACAUGGGCCACAAGAUGGGCUGCAACGGCGUCGACAACGGCAAGAUCCUCUUCAACAACGUGCGCGUGCCCCGCAGCCACAUGCUUGACGCGCUCUCGUCGGUCUCGGAGACUGGCGAGUUUUCCAGCAAGAUUCCGAGCAAGCGUGGUCGCUUCCUCGCUGUUGCGGAUCAGCUUCUCAGUGGCCGCGUGUGCAUUGCUGCCAUGCUCAUGGGUGGCACGAAGCUCGCGCUCACGAUCGCGAUGCGCUACGCUGCGUCGCGCGCGACCGUCGGCCCCAAGGGCAAGUCGGACAUGGCCAUCAUGAAGUACCAGCUCCAGAAGCGCGAGCUCAUCCCGCUCUUGGCGCGCACGUACGCCUUGGCGUGUGGCCUCAACUACGUCAAGGACGCGUAUGCCGCGUGGAACAAGUCGGAGGAUCCGCUCGCGCGCCUCGAGCUCGUGACGCUCUGCUCGGCGAUCAAGCCCGUCGUCUCGUGGAACUCGGAGAACGUGGUGAGCGUCUGCCGUGAGCGCUGCGGUGGCCAAGGUUACCUCUCGGCCAACCGGUUUGGCGAAAUCCUCGGUUUCUCGCACGCGGCCGUGACGGCUGAGGGCGACAACAAGGUGCUCAUGCAAAAGGUCACAAAGGAGCUCGGCGAGCUCAUCAAGGCCGGCCGCUACAAGCUCUCGCCGACUGCGGGCAAGCCGUUCGCGGGCACGCCCAGCUUGGACGACCUCGAGUACUACCGCUACCUCCUCGGCGUGCGCGAAGCCGCGCUCAUGACGAAGCUCGGCAAGACGCUCAAGACGGAGAUGGCCGGCGGCAAGGCGCUCUUUGACGUGUGGAUGAUGGAGGAGUCGUUCCUCGUGCAGGAAGUCGCGCUCUCGUACGUCGAGCGCAUGGCCUUUGAGAAGGUGCUCGAGUCGCUCGACGACCCCAAGCACGCGGCCGUGCGCCCUGUCGUCGCCAAGAUCGCCAAGCUCUACGCCGCGAGCUGCGUCCAGCGCGACCUCGCGUGGUACGUCUGCAACGACGUGGUGACCAAGGACCUGGGCAACAGCGUCGACGGCGCCAUCAAGAAGCUCUGCGGCGAGGAAGGCCUCGGCGAAGACGCCCUCAACCUCGUCCACGCGUUCAACAUUCCCGAGUACGUGAUGGCGGCGCCCAUUGCGCUCGACUGGGUCCAGUUCAACGAGUCGGACAACCGCGGCGAGAUUGUCUAA